AAUAAAAAGAAGAAAAGACAAAAUAACCUUGCUAUUUUUUUCAAAAAUGUUUGAUUUUUAAAGGAUUUUUAUUUCUUUUUAUAAUUAAAUAUUUAACAUAAUAAGCCAGAAAACAUGUUAAACACAGUUCUUAAUGUUAAACCGGUCUUCUUACGUAGAUUUUGUAGUUAUAAAUCAAUAUCAAAUGUUCUGAAAGCUAGUCAAAUUGGGGAAGAAAUUUCAAUUCAAGGAUGGGUUAAGUCGGUACGAAAACAAAAAAACGUAACGUUUUGCGAUAUAAACGAUGGCUCUACAGUUAAGCAUUUACAAGUAGUACUACAAGACAAAUCUAACAUUAAAAUUACAGUAGGAUCAUCCGUUCAAGCAUUCGGAACUGUAUGUAAAAGCCCUAAAGGUGUAAACGAAAUAGAAGCGAAGAAUAUAACGGUUAUUGGAGAAUGUGACAUUGAAAAAGGUUAUCCUUUUGCGCCUAGAAAACAAUACGCACCGGAAUACAUUAGAGAAUAUUUGCAUUUACGACCAAAAACUAAAAAGUUCAGUUCGGUUUUAAGAGUGAGACACGGCGCGACGUUAGCAUUCCAUAAUUAUUUAGACAGGAACGGUUAUGUAUGUGUUCAAACUCCUAUUCUUACAUCAAAUGAUUGUGAAGGAGCUGGUGAAGUUUUUAAAGUCGUUCCCGAUAAUAACAAUCUUUUAAAAUCUAUGGCAAAAGAAAAUGUUAAUAUUGAAGAUGCUUAUUUCGAUAAAAAAUCAUUUUUAACUGUCUCGGGGCAGUUACAUCUGGAAACUGCAGCUCAUGCUCUAAAACAAGUGUAUUGUUUUGGUCCGGCUUUUAGAGCAGAAAAUUCACAAUCAAGGCAUCAUCUGUCUGAAUUUUACAUGCUUGAACUGGAAAAAGCAUUUUUGACCUCAUUAGACAAUUUACUCGAAAUAACAGAAGAUUUAAUUAAAGGCGUUACCAAACACUUAUUGGACAGAUAUACGGAUGAUAUUUACGUUUGUACCGAGAAUAAACAUAAUUUUUCGUGGGUUGAUAAGAAGUUUAAAGUUUUAACGUAUUUUGAAGCGGCAGAUAUCGUAACGAAUAAGCUUAGUAAACCACUAAAGUAUAAAGGAGCAUUUUCUAAAGAACACGAAUUAGCGUUAACGGAAUACUUCGAAAAUAUUCCCGUGUUCGUUAUAAACUGGCCCAAACUUGAGAAACCGUUUUAUAUGAAAGAAAUUGAGGAUUCAAAUGUAGCUGCAUUUGAUUUGCUGGUUCCACAAAUUGGCGAGCUGGUGGGAGGCAGCUUACGUGAGGACAAUUACGAGAAACUACAGUCCCGAUUACCGCCCAAUCAUUACCUGGACUGGUAUUUAGAUUUGAGGAAAUUUGGAAAUGUACCGACAGGAGGAUUCGGUUUAGGUUUUGAGAGAUAUAUACAAUUUAUUCUGGGAAUGCAUAACAUUAAAGAUAGUAUACCGUUUCCUCGGUGGCCCCAUAACUGUGAUUUUUAAAUAUAUUUCUAAUAAGCCAUGUUAUCAACAGUUUUUUAUUCGGUUAAGUUCUAGAAUAUAGAGUUUUUUUAUAUAUUGACAAGAUUAGAGAAAAGCCAGAUACAUUAUAUUUUUCCCCAUUGUGUAUUCUUAGU